AUGCCUUGUUCGCGACAUAGCUGAGUCCGCACUUUGUACGUUUGCGCCCAAUUCCAAAACAUAAUAAUGUUCCAUUCUCAACGUUUUCCGUGGUGAAUUUUCACUCUUAGCAGUUGGCACUCUACACAAUCGGAGUGAAUACGCAUGUCAGUACCUCUUUUUUUCACCUUCGUUCCAUUUUACAGUGUAAUCGUUCGCUCCGCUACGAAAUGCAAAUGGCGGUCGUUGUUAUUGUUCAAGUGUCCAAGUCCGAACGGGAAUUAGGUGAAAAUUGAACUUUUUUUAAAUCGUUUUCUAACAAGAAAUGUUGAUUUCUGUCGUGCGUAAAACAACGAUUGCGCGUCAUAGAUUGCACAGGACAUUGUGAGCGGGGCGCGUACGUGAUUUUGAUGUGAAAAUUCGCGGUUGCGAUUUUCCCGUCGUCGCCGUCGUCGUUGUCGAAAGAAGCCAACACAGGAAAGUUUUUUCUUCGUGUGGCGAACGCGAGUUUUUCUGGAGUGCGAAAGACAUCGUAAUUGUGGAAAAAUUGAUGCGUCCCGAGCGAGUUUGUGUGGCAAAUGUCCGGGUUUCGUUGUGAAAAACAGUGAAAAGUGGAUAGCGUGCAGUUUGGAAGUGGAAAAAGCGCCGAUCGCACGGAAAAGUGUGUCAGAAAACGGGGGGUAAAAACGACGGCCGCGAACGAGCCUACACCAUGGAUUUUCUGCAUGAGAAUCUGGAAUAGGGAAGAGAUUUCACGUGGAUUAGCUGGCGUGAGGGCUUGCGGCCAGUGCGGAAAUCGCUCCCGAACGGGAUUCGUUGUGGCGCAAAUAUUUUCCGUGUGGAAAAAUGUGAUUUUUCGCUGUCGACCAUUGCGGGAAUUUCGCUGUGUGUGGAGUGUGUACUUGAGGAGCAAUUUUCGACGUCUCGAUUCUCGGCAGUUGACUCGACGGGUGACAGAUUGAAAGCCAAGGCAAGGCGCCGAGAAAUCGCCGUCGGGGAACGGGUCGCGACCGAGCUAAGAGUUUAGUGCGUGGAAUUUGGAAAUUGUCGAGUGGAAAAACAAGAAAUUAAAAUCUAAUAAAAAUUUUUAAUCGACGAAAUAUAUAAAUAAAAACUAAACCGAUCGUGCGGAGUGUGGAUGUGUUUGUGUGUGUCGGGGGAGCAUUCAGCAGUAUUCAGUCAACGACGUUCAACUACGCGACGGCAACGGCUGCGGCGACGAACGAUACAUCUCGCAUCUCCCUUGCACGCCGCCUAGUGCCCUGCGGGCAGAAAUGAGAAAGAAAUUAUGUUAGGUUUUGGGGAUUUUAUUGCCAUCUUGUUGCGACAAUUCUCUCGACGAUCGGGGCAGCAUCCGCUACGAAUUAAUCGCUUGCUGGUGUCCACGACGUUCAUCUAGGAGACGCCGGCCGACCAUUGGGUAUCCAUAUGUGCUUUAAGGCAUGUCGAUUUUAAUCCAUUAAUGAAAGAGAAUGGCGGCAGAUAGUGAUGGUAGUUUAACCGCAGUUGUAAUUUGUGAAGGCAAUCUCCAUGACCCCGAAUUUCCACGCAAAUUUCGGCAUUUAGUUACUAAACUAAAGCAUAUUUUACAACAACCGAAAAAAUCUAAAAAACUUAAAGUGAAUAAGGUGGAACCAUGGAACAGUGUACGUGUUACGCUUUCAAUACCAAAAGAUGCAGCUGCCAAAUUAAGACAGCUCGCAUCCGAAGGAAGCAACGCUUUAAGAGCGUUGGGUAUACUUUCGGUUCAACUGGAGGGCGAUACUGUGAUAUCUCUAAGGCUUGUAGGGCAGGAUCUCGUUCUAAGGACAGAUAACACUACUACGGGACGUGUGCAAGAGGCUGGUUCAUCGAACACAACAUUAAACGAUCUAUCACAAAUAUUGGGUAGUCGUUUGCAACAAACGACAGCUGGACCGUCGUCGUGUUCUACUACACAAUCGAUACCAUCAACACCAUCGCCAAGCAUAGCAGAACCUAUAGCAGGGCCAUCAAAUCGCAGUAUCAUUCCCCAAGCGACUGUGGUGGUUGGAGGCGUAAGCGGUGGUAGUGUUGGCAGUAAUAAUGGUAGUGGGCCAAUUUCCAAUACGGUCGUUAUGAAUGGACCGACAACAGCAUUUGAUAAACCUCCGAUUUUCAAGUCACCAAAUACAGUCUGCCCGAUGGAUGGAAAAUUGCCUGUUCCGCCACUAACAAAUAUUGUAGAGACUCGAGAAUAUCCAUUCGAAAGUAUGACACAAGCAAGAGUGAUACAGCGACGAGAGAAUACUAUGGCAGUUGUUGCGGCUCUUGGGGCCGGCACUCAGCCAACUGGUCCUGUUGGAAACGCACCAUUGGCAAUUGGACAAGGACAACAAAUCACACCACCGCCUCUAACGAUACCGGUUGCCGGUACAUCUGCAGACGUUUUGGUGCAACAGCCACCGCAAACAGUAGUAAAAUCUCCGUUUAUGCAACCACCUCCCCCACCGUAUCCAUCUGCAACAGGAACCAUUCAUUUGAAACCUGGAACGCAUACCGUGCAACAUCCACUUCAACAACAACAGCAGCAGCAAUCGAAUACAAUUGCUCUGCCAAAUAGCACGAAUGCGUUGUCAUCACCUCUUCUCGUUAAUCUUUUACAGAACGAUGGAGUCAAUCAGGUUAAAGUUCCGUCAUCUCCGUCGUCAGUAAUGUUACAACAACAGCAACAAUCGUCUACGACGGCGAUAGUUCCGAACCUAAACAAUCACACGCAGAAUGAUGGUGUCUUACUUCUAAAUAAUAGUAAUAGCAACGAUAGCAGUAGUAUUAGCAUAAGUCCUUCGAUUCCAGUGCCUUCUCCAUCACAAACAAUUUCGAAUAUGUCAAGUAGCGCGGGAAAAGCGCCGUCUGUUGCAUCAGCAGCUCCGGUCGUCCUAAAUCAAACUGUCCUGGCUCCACCUCAUCAACCAGCAGCAGUUGGUGGUGUUGGGAUUCGGUUGCAACAGAGAUUUCCAAUUCCUCAGUCAGUUCAGCAACCACCAACUGUUCCACAGCAUCUAUUGGCUCAACACCAAAUCGUUCACCCGGGUUCGAGCGGAAUUCAAAUGCAACGAUUCCCAACACAACCAAAUCAAGUUAUGGGAAAUGUUGGAUCAAUGGCAGGUGUUAGUUCGCAGCCGUUUCGUCAUCCGCUACAGCAACCACAGUCGCUGCAACAAAUUCCCAUGCAACAGCCAUACACAACACCUUCACAGUCUCCACAUCCUAGCCUGGUGACUCAUCCGACACAACCGCAGCAGCCACAACACGUGAUAGCGAAUAAUUUCAAUCAUCCUCGAUGGCCGUUCAAGCCUAUGGAUUCGGCAACAAAGUCUAGUUUCCAGGAAUUCACUCGAUACCAAAUACAAUACAAUUUGCAGCAAGAGAUGAAUAAUCAGUCAACAGUUGGCUCGGCAACAACUCCAGGUGGAGCACCAGGCAUGGCAGAUGGAUUGGGCGCUAUGGGCAACAACUCAAGUGGCUCCGGAGACAAGUCAGCAAUUGGGGAUGCAUUGGCUUUGAACAGUUAUCUUGAUGAAUUGUCAAAAACAGAUCUCGAUUCACUUUUGCUGCCUAGUUUGAAUGAUUUGGAUUCAACCUUGGAUUUGGAUGGUAAGAACUCGCUCGAAUCUCUUUUGGAUGAGAAAGAUCUUGUGAUGGAGCUGAUCGACCAAGAACGAGCAGCAAGUACCCUCCCAAUAAACUCUUUAGAGUCUGGUUUACAAACGUCGACAGCCCUGACAUCAACAUCAUCUUCAGUACUUCAAUCGCAGUCAAAACCACCACCGACUUCGGGAGCAGGUGCUAAUAGUGGCAGGGUCGCUGAUGUUCUUCCCAGUAAUAAAACAUUUCCGACUGGAGAGCAGCCGAAUCUAACGAAAUCUGGUAAGGAAAGGCAGUACCUUAUAAAUCCUCUAACUGGUGAAUUGGAACCAAUGCCGAGUGACGAAGAGAGUGAAUCGGAAAACACACCCGCAGAUAAUAUGGAUGUGUUCAAUGAAUUCAAUUCGGAGGUUUCGAAUUCACUUUACUCUGACGACGAUAAUUCGUGCAGUACGGCGUUCAGUAAAGCCUCGGAUCACAGUGAUACUGAACGGUCGAGUAACUCUGAGGCAUCUGGAAGAUCGAGGUAUUCGAAAUCGAAGAAGGAGCGAAGGGAUACUAGCUCCGGAUCGUAUAGCAGCAAGAAGAGUAAGCCCAGUAUAAAGAAUAACCUCCUUCGGGAAAAAUUGCAACAGGGUAUAAAAGACAAGAUCAGUGGGAAGUCGAAGCAACCUAAGGAGAAGAUAAUGACAAAAGCCAAACUGAUAUCAAUCGAUGGGAAGGAUUCUCCCUCGGAAAAAAUCAAAUUGCGACUGAAACUGGAGAAAUCAGAACCAGUUUCGCCCGCUUAUAAGGUUGAUAUUAGUUUCGUACCGUCACCGAAGCGGGCCCAGGCUGCCGUUAACUCCACAUCUACUUCGGUGUCCAACUAUUCCUCGUCUUCUCAAUCUUCUCUCUCAAUGACGCCGAACUCAAGUCCAAAUCUGAGUUUACAACAGCAACAAAAUGCGGUUCAGUUGUCAUCUACAUCACAUAAUGCCUCGAAUCAGUCGCCACAUGGAGAAGAACCACGCGUUCCUCCGCUACAUAUUAGCUUGCGAGGGAAGAACUCUAUUGUUAUAAAAAAUUCGAAGAAGGAUCGGAAGAAAUCUCAAAGUGGCGGUGAGGAAGACGAUUCGUAUUUGAAGAAAGCUCAAAUGAAAAGAAACAACACUUUCGAAGAGCAAACGGUGUUGAAUCGCUAUAUGGUAUCGUCCGAUCCUUCAAAUUUCGUGAAUAACGUGAACAGUAAGGCGAGCAGUCAAGGAAAGCCAACCACACGACCGUCGUCACACGACGAAUAUCCAGUGAGCAAUAAUCAUUCAAAGUCGGUGCUAGAGAAUGGAGAAGACUUGGAAAAGUGUUUGCCGUCAAGCAAACGCAACAUGACUGAUAUAUCGGUGAAUCCAAAUGGCUUAAUUGUUCCCGAUACUAAAAGGCGGCGUAUGUCCCAAAGUUUGGAGCAGCAACAACAGAACAAUAUGCUGCAAGAGGAUAAGAAUAAUCUAGAAUUAUACAAUCAUCUGCAAGGACCGAUUGGGUCAACGAACGUGGGAACAUUGCCGACACAUUCAUCUCUCUCAAAAAACCAGAAAGGUUCCAGCAAUAAUAAUAACAGUUCUACAUUUAUUAGUAAGCUUCACAAGAGCUCGAUAAAAUCGGGAAAACCUCUGGUAGUGGUAAAACAAUGCAAAUCGCCCACAAACAAUCCCGUUAAAGAUCCGGGAAAAAGCCCUCCCUUAGCGGGCAAUAUGGAUCAAUCUCAAAUGCCAUCCCAGACAGUAAUUUCUGCCCCUUUAUCAAUAGCGUCAUCAAUUCCAUCAUCUGUUUCCCUGACCAUGUCAGCAGUGCAAGUGUCUACGAGCAAUUGUAGGAGUAGUGCAGUGACGUCUAAAUCUCAGUGCGAUUCGUCUGUUGUUGCCCCAACAAUUUCACAAUCGAGGACAAGUAGUAGUAAACAGACGGCGACAGUUUGCCUUUUGCCUCAAGGAAGCUCCGAUGCAAUGAGUAAAGAGAAAUUCAAGCAGAAAUUGAUGGAAUUUCAAAGCGCAGAUGGAAAAGAAUCAACAGAAAAAGCUUCUUUGACAAAUACUGGUGGAAGUACUGUGAGCAACAGUGGAAGCAGUGGUGGUAGUCUCACUAGCAUAAAAGCAGACGAACAAAUCGUGAAUUUAGAUGCAUCUAAAAGCAAUGUUCCAACAGCAUCACUGCUGGAUGAACGCCUGCAAGUUUCUGCGAGGCGGGUGUCAGUACCCACGCCGACAUCAAUUUCUAAUUCCAGUUUACCAUCGGCUUCGAGUAACAGUACAAAUAUUGUAGACGUUGCCCAAGAGAAAUCAUUUCAGAAAACGGAAGUGAAUGAGCAGAGUGCAAUACAGGAGCAACCACCUAGACCGUCAACGGUGAGCCAGAACCCCGCUGCAAUUGAUGUUGGUAUAAACCUUCUGAACAAUGGUAGCGGGAACAACAAUGUACGUAACUCACCAGGCUCUCAGGCGCAGGGUGAAGACAGUGGCAUUGAAUCAAUGGAUGCCCUCUCGGAGAAAAGUCCGCAUCAGUCAGGCAGUCCGCAGCAGGGCGAUGCUCAACCUCCUCAGCUGCAAGCAAAAAGGGUCGUUGAAAUUGUACACACGCAGAUAGAGGAGAAAAUAUCCUUGGAUACGAAAGACGAUCAAGAAGACGAAAUGACCCACAUGAGGGAUAUCGAAGCGGAGCUGGCGAAAAUGGAGGGAAACGAUCAUUUUUUAUCGCAAUGUGAAAGCCCAAUGCAUAGACUGAAUGGCGAUCAUUCGAUGAAGGAAGAAAGUUUACUCGAAAAUCUAACGGACGAGAAGAUAAUGUUGUGCGCAGUUAAGAUGGAGCAAGAAGAAGAUUUGGCUGCUAUCAUGGGCGGCAGUAACAGUGGAAAAUCGUCACCAAUGUUAUCUCCUUUUCCAGUAACGAAGGUGGAGUGUCGAGAUUUAAACGAGAACAAAGAAAUUAGUUCAAAAAUUUCACUUGACACACAACUAAUCGAUGAAUGCUGUAAGAAGAGCUUAAAGCCAAAUACAAAAUUAGAAGAUGACAUUGAAAAAAGUACUCGAAUUGCUUUAUCUCAAAGUCCAAAUGAGAAGAAAUUCGAAGAAAAUGUGAUACGGAACGCAUCGUCGUCAAGUGAAGUUGAAGUGAAACCGAUGGCUGAAAGCAUCAAAUCGGAAUCGCCAAUAGUCAAAGAAGAGUCUGUAGCAACAGUGGACACUUCAUCGCCUGCAUGUCCAUCUAUGUCAUCGUCAUUAGCUUGCGAUGUGAUCUCAAAAACAAAUGAUAAGUCUGCAAUAGAUAUAAAGGAAAUCUUAACGCCAAUAACUAUUGAAAUUCCCACACACCCUGAAUCGGAAGUUCCUCGAGUGAGAACACGUGCCAGCAGUAAACUAGAGAGCCCAUUGGAUGCUCCGAAACAGAGUCCUCAGCUCGACUCUCCAGCGACAACAAAUAGUCUCAAGUCAAAUCUGAGACUAUCUGCAGCGGCCAUAGAUAGGUUAAGUCCAAAAGUGAGUACAGGAAAAGUUGCUGGAACUGGUGGUGUUAUGACUAGCAAUAAGAGGAAACGGCAAGGAUCGGAGAGUUCGACACAGUCGUGUGUAAGCGAUGACACGCCGGGACGAAACAACAGCACUAAUGGCUCAUCUGCGAAACGAACGCGACCGAAUUCGUCUAGUUCGGCGACACACGGUAGCUGUGAAAAUCUGGCUAAUGUUAAAUCCAAUAGCACCAAUUCGGUCGGGAGAAAACCGGGGAAUAGCAAAAGUAAAAAGGCUCCAGACGAAUCAUCUGAUUCAGACGAACCAUUGAUCGAGGUUGCUGGUAAAGUGCGCGGUUCUAAGGGCUCUGCAGCAAAGUCAAAUACAUCAGAGAGCAGCGAUAACAAGGUCCUUAGGAAUCAUCGUGCGUCAUCACAGCACAGCCGUUCUUCAGCUCAUUCCACAACAUCGACAUCAUCUUUUGCAUCUCAAAAUUCAAUAGGACAAAACUCAUCAACAACAAAGACAAUCAGAGGCUCAGCCGCCUCACACUCAAACUCAACAACGUCUACAUCUGGAACAAGUACAGUAGCAUCAUCCAAUAGUAACAAUCAAAUUCAAAAUAACACUCAUUGUACAAGAGCGAGUAGCGGUUCGAUAGGAACAACAGGAGUGGCGGCAGGAGUGGGAACGGUUGUAACUACAGCCACAACUGUUGCUAGUAAUAAUCAUUCAUUGGCGAAUGCAUCGGCUGUUUCUGUACAAAAUUCAAAUCAUUCAUCAAACAUUCAAUCGCCUAAUGAUGAUCGACCGAGACGGAGUGUACGAGCCAGUGCUGCUGCUAAUAAGAUCAUAUAUUCAAGGAGCGGCGGUGCUGGUCAUAGUGGGGGUAACAAUGAAGCGAGCAAAGUUGUUGGUGGUAAUGUAAAAGGUGGCAAUAGUUCAACGAUCAGUGGAGAUGGUAAUGAGCCAAGGAGAAAAACUAGGAGUGCAGCUGGUGGUGAAGCAACUGAAGGACGGCGAAGACGCGGGUCUCGCGACAGUAAGUGACCAAUCGCUUGCGUCUCAGCUGAUACGGUUCGUGCAAUAUCUAGUCCGUUUUUGGCCGGGACGCAUACACUCACAGUGUCUAGCAAUGAAGAGGACGAUGAUGAAGACGAGAUUCAGAGUAAAACGGAGGAUUGCGCUGAUGACGAGGACAUAGGAAGCCAAACAACUGAAAUCGAUAUCGAUGAUCUCUUUCAAUCACCAAUCCACCAAUUCGAUCCACAUGAAAUAGAGAUAAAAUCAGAUGAAAUAAUGGAGGAGAAUUAUCCUGAUAACUCGCACUACUCACAUACUUUCUAUGAGCCCGGAGAUCGCUAUGGUAUGCGUCAUCAUGUAAGCUAUGUUGGUUGUACAUCAAAAGUGAGUAAAAUGCCGGACAUGAAUAGUGAGGUUGAUGGCGAUGAUGAAUUGGAACCGAACUCGAUUAGUGAUUAUGAUGUAUCCGACGAUGAACCAUCGCCGGUUAUGACUUCAACUGACGAGGACGAUUCCAAUGAUGCUGUUGCUAAUGGCGAAGUGGAUGUUCGAGAUAUGCAGGUCAGGAAUCCUCCAGGUGAUUUCAGCGGUAAUGACAGAGAUCAUGAUGGUAAUAACACGAGUUCCGAACGUGGAAAGUAUUCAGUCCCAAUCGUAGCUAUUCCGAUUGUAAUGAAACGAUGAAUUGAAAAUUGUAAAGCAAAUAAGACAACAAUUGUAGUACUCAAGAUAAGUAAGUAAUGCCAGUCGAUAUUGUCGAUCAGCGAGAAUUUCAUUUUUAACUGACGGUUAGGAUAUUGCAGUGUGUAGGCACAGGUAAUACAGAAUACGUUUUGAAAUGUUCUCACUGUACUUAUUUUCUCUUUCUUAUAAAAGUAAUAAUUCUCAAUUAAUGAGAAAACAAAACUAAACCUUCAUAUUCAGAUUCAGAGAAAAGGGUAAAUAAAAUAAAUUAGAAAUAUACAUUUUAGGUGAAAAGUGUCUUAAAGCGAAAAAAACCAUAAUUAGUAAACUGAUUAAGAAAUCAAUAGCAAACACAGAUAUUUGAGAUAAGGCUUCGUUGAAUAAAAAGUGAAUAAUAGUGAAAUAAUAUAAUAAAAUAUUUAAAUAAAACAAUAAUUGGUGAUCAUGAGUAAUAUGAUGUUUCAAAGAGAAUAUUUUUUUUAUAUUUGUAGAAACCAAAA